AUGUUGAAGACAAUUGUGAGAGUGAUGCUGGAGGCAGUGGUGGUAAUGGCGGUGAUUGACAGACAGAGUGGAGAUGACAGAGGAAAUAAAGAUGGUGGUGGAAAUGGUGAGCGAGGAUGUAGUGCUGGGGAUGGAGGUGACGGUGAUGAUAGAGAUUACGGUAAUGACAGUAAUGGCAACAGCAGUGGUAAUGGUUAUAGUGGUGAUAGUAGUAACAGAAACGAUGGUGAUGAUAAUAGUUAUGAUGGUGACGAUGAUGAUGAAGGUACUAAUGGUGAUGAUGAAGGCCCAGGCGCCGGUUACCGUGCAGACACGGCCAAGUCCAAGAACCACACCACACACAACCAGUCCUGCAAAUGGCACAGAAAUGGCAUCAAGAAACCCCGGUCACAAAGAUACGAGUCUCUUAAGGGGGUUGACCCCAAGUUCCUGAGGAACACGUGCUUUGCCAAGAAGCACAACAAGAAAGGCCUGAAGAAGAUGCAGGCAAACAACGCAAAGGCAAUGAGUGCCCGUGCAGAGGCCAUUAAAGCCCUUGUGAAGCCUAAGGCCAUUAAGCCCAAGAUGCCAAAGGGCCCCAGCCGCAAGCUCAGCCGGCUCGCUUUCAUUGCUCAUCCCAAGCUUGGGAAGAAGAUUAGAAGCUACAUGAGCAAGGGUAGUAGGCUGUACCAACCACAGCCCAAGGUACAAACCAAGGCGAACGCCGCAGCUAAGGCCCAGGCUGCAGCCCCAGCUCAGGCUCCCAAAGCUGCCCAGGCCCCUGUGAAGGCCCCAUAGAAAAGGCUUCUGCCUAUGUGAAGACAGAUGGACUGGUG